AUGGGCAAACAACCUUCCGUCGAGUUGAAAAUUCUUGGUCUGGCAUCCGACAAGACACCUCCGGUCUCCGGCCCUUCGACGCAGCGAAAUUCCGUCUCUGACAACAUUGGCUUCAGCACACCCAACUUAGACCAAGAGGCACAAUCAGAUGAUGAAGUGCCAAUUGAAGUGCCUCCCCUCAACUCGGCAGUGGUUCUCACAAAGGGACGAGCAAUUAUCGUCAUAAUCCAAUUAAUUGGCGUGCAACUCUUUUCAAGCUUCUGCAAUGGAGUCAUUGUUGUUGGACUGCCCAAAAUUGCCGAUGCUCUAGACAUGGACUCUGGAUUACUUCUAUGGCCGACCAGUGUCUUCUACCUUACUGCUGGAGCUUGUUUGAUGUUGGCGGGCAGCAUUGCGGACGUCUUGGGAACGCGACCCAUGAUCAUGACGGCAAGUCUACUACUUGCUGUCAGCGCGUUGGCUUGCGGACUGGCCAGGAACGGACCAGAGUUAAUUGCUUUCCGUGGUCUGCAGGGAAUCAGCAAUGCGAUUGCAGUACCGGCCUCUGUCUCUAUCGUUUCGACCAAAGUCCAAGAUGGUCAACCUAGAAACAUCGGGUUUUCUUGUCUCGGAUUUGCUGGGCCCCUCGGUUUCUUGCUUGGCCUGAUACUUGGUGGCGUGUUCGUGGAUGGUGUGGGAUGGAGACCUGCUUUCUAUCUGGUCGCUGCUGCGAGUUGUGCUCUGGCGUUUAUAGGCUUCUGGGUGCUUCCCAAGGAUACUAGACCAAAGUCUUUGCGAAGCAUUAGGAGACAAUUGGCCUUUGAGAUUGAUUGGAUCGGAACGACAAUCUCGACCACUGGUCUUGUGACAGUGUCAUAUGCUCUCGCAACCCUGUCGGCAGAUGUCGACAACAUCCGUAGCGCAACCACGAUUGCGCUCUUGAUCAUCGGCGUUGCUACUGUGCCGGCUUUCAUCUACUGGAUGAAUUACCAAGUCAAGCAUGGCCGUCCUGCGCUGAUUCCCAAUUCGUUCUGGCGCAACGUCAGCUUCACGAGUAUUUGCAUCAUGAUCCUGUUCAACACCGCUGUGAUCAAUGGUAUGGAGGUCUUUGCCAGUCUAUUCUUCCAGCAAGUCCAAGGUCUAUCUGCACUCGGCGCAUCCAUCCGUAUCUUACCUUCCCUGGUCACAGCAGUCUUAACAAACGUUUCAACUGGUUACCUCGUCAAUCGUAUGCCAGUCAUGUGGAUUGUCCUUAUAUCCUGCGGAUUGUCAGCUCUGUCGCCCAUGCUCAUGGCCAUCAUAAACCCACACUGGCCGUAUUGGGACAUGGCUUUCUUCGCACAGCUUCUUCAAGGCAUCAGUAUGAACGUCCUCUUCACGGUCGGUCUCCUUAUCAUCUCUGCCAUCUUCCCUCCUCACACACAAGCAUUGGGUGGUGCUGUGUUCAACACCUGUGCUCAACUGGGCACGUCAAUCGGUCUCACAAUCACUUCUGUGAUUUCAGAUUCAAGAACUGCUGCUUCAGGAGCAGAGGACAAGAGCAGUCCUCAGGCACUAAUGACGGGCUACAGAGCGGUGUUCUGGGCUCUGUUUGCUUGGAUGAUUGUCGUGUUGGCGGCGGGUGUCGGUGGAUUGAGAAAGGUGGGCAAGAUCGGUGUCAAGAGAGACUAG